AUGGGGCGUCGGGCCCUCGGGGGCCACUUUAACAUCGUUUCUCCUCACGCUGAUGAAACUCCUCACCUUGUGUGUGUGUGUGUGCAGGAUGACAGGGAGAAGAAGCGGUUGGAGGCUCUGGAGAGGAAGCGGGAGAACCUGCGACUCCUGGAUGAAGAAGCUGUGAAGCUGAAAGGAAAAACCAGCAAAGAAGCUCCGAGCAAAAUCACACGGGCUCAGAUCGAGCAGAAUCUAAACAAAGAAGAUGCUCUCGAGACCAAGGAGAGAGAGAAGAGUCACCUGGAGACGCCGCUGGAGGAGAACAUCAACCGGAUCGUUCCUGAGGAGGAAUCGGCCCGAACCAUCGAGGACGCCAUCGCCGUCCUCAGCACUAAGGAGGACUCGGACCGGCACCCCGAGCGCAGGAUGAAGGCGGCGUACACGGCGUUCGAGGAGGCCAACAUGACCCGUCUGAAGAUGGAGAAUCCCAACAUGCGGCUGUCUCAGCUCAAACAGCAGCUGAAGAAGGAGUGGACCAAGUCCCCCGAGAACCCCCUCAACCAGCGCUUCGUCUCCUACAACAGCAAGUGAGAGCGCCACGCCCUGCCUCAGCGCCACGCCCCGGCGCCUCAGAGACUGCCCUGUCUCUAACCCCCCCACAACCCCACCGAACUCUGAGCUUCAUCUUUAGGUUCCGUCCGGUUCUUCUGAGAGGAACGGAGAGCUGAGAUGGUUUUGGUUUGAACUCUCUGCACAGCGGUGACGUUUUGUCGGGAGGUUUUUCCAGCGUGUCAGCAAUAAUCACCAUCAUUUACAGUCACGUGUUCUAAUGAUUUACUAAACUGGGUGAUAAAUAAACAUGAUAAAUAAACAUGAUUAAUAAACAUGAUUAAUAAACAUGAUAAAUAAACAUGAUAAAUAAACAUGAUUAAUAAACAUGAUAAAUAAUCAUGAUUAAACGUGA